UCUCCUCACCUAUUAAAUGAGCACAUUGUUCCCUUUGUAAUUACUUCAACCUCAACACAAUCACUUAAUCAUGGCCAUUUCAACUUCACUCCUCUUACUUUCAUGCUUCUUACUACCAAUUGUUCUAAGCUUUGUUAAUGCCUAUUCCAAAGAGAACUACUAUAACACUAACAAACCAUACCUCAACAAGAUAGAUUCUUGUUGGCGCGCCAAACCGAAUUGGGCGUUGAAUCGAAAAGCCUUAGCUGAUUGUGCUAUUGGUUUUGGCAAAGAUUCAAUUGGAGGCAAAUAUGGUGCAAUAUAUAUUGUUACAGAUUCCUCCGAUGACCCUGCAAAUCCAAAACCAGGUACACUUCGUUAUGGCGCGAUACAAACGAAGCCGCUUUGGAUCAUUUUCGAAAGGAACAUGGUUCUUACUCUAAAGAAUGAACUUAUUAUGAAUAGUUACAAGACUAUUGAUGGUAGAGGAGUUAAAGUUGAGAUUGGAAAUGGACCUUGUAUUACAAUACAAGGUGUUAGUCAUGUUAUUAUACAUGGAAUUAGCAUUCAUGAUUGUAAACCAAGUAAAGCUGGACUUGUUAGAAGUACUCCUGAUCAUGUCGGCCGUCGUCGAGGUGCCGAUGGCGAUGCUAUUAGUAUAUUUGCUUCCUCAAAUAUUUGGAUUGAUCAUUGCUUUUUGGCUCGUUCAACUGAUGGACUAAUUGAUAUUAUUCAUGCCUCAACUGCUAUUACCAUUUCUAACAAUUACUUCACCCAGCAUGACAAAGUUAUGUUGCUAGGACACAAUGAUGAAUACACUGCAGAUAAGAUAAUGAAAGUAACAAUAGUCUUCAAUCGGUUUGGCAGUGGGCUAAUUGAAAGGAUGCCAAGGGUAAGAUUUGGUUAUGCUCAUGUGGUGAACAACAAAUAUGAUCAGUGGCAAAUGUAUGCUAUAGGAGGAAGUGCUAACCCAACCAUUUUAAGUGAAGGCAACUUUUAUAAUGCACCAAAUGACCAUACUAAAAAAACAGAUUACCAAGAGGGAAUCAAAGGGAAAUUGGAAGAGUUGGAAAUGGAGAUCUUCAAAGGAUUAUUUUUCAAAUGGUGCUUAUUUUAUACCAUCUGGAUAUGGAAGUUGUGCACCAAAUUAUACACCUGCUCAAUCUUUUGUGGCUGUUCCAGGUUAUAUGGUACCUGCUAUAACUCUCAAUGCAGGUCCAUUGAGUUGUUUUGUUGGGAGGUCAUGUUAAUAUAGUGAAGAUAUAUUAAUGUAUCACAUAUCACAAGUUCACAUCUAAUGAAACUGUUUUGUAGAAAAUUAGCUUUGUAUCAUUUGGCAUUUUCAAUAUUAUUUUGGAUAAUGCAUUGCAACAGUGUUUUUUUUUUCUUUCUCAA